AUGGAACACGUUGGCCAAGGCGGCAAUGGAAGCCCAUCCACAACUACCGCCAGCGCUCCUGGUGUAGGCACUGCCCCGAUGGGCGACCACUUGCACUUCCUGCGCCCCUUUAUACCCGAGCGGCUUGUUUUCUGCAUCGACUUGUGCAACGAGAUGAACGGAAUCGAAUUCAGCAAGUCGCGCAAGAACACCUUCACUCGGCUCGACCUCGUCAAACACAUGCUCAAAAUGCACGCGGCCACGCUCAGGUUUGUGCACCUGAAGCACAAGAUGAACCCUCGCCACGAAUUCGCCAUCGUCUGCCUCACCGAUGCCGCGAUUUGGUUCCAAGACUUCACGUCGGACGUCGAGCUGUUGGCCAAGAAGGUGUCUACGCUCCAGACACAGGGUGACUUCCCGCGCUUCAACAUCGCCAAAAAGGUGGCCCUGCCCCAAGUGACGAUGGAAGACUUGAAGAGGGGCGGUGCGGACUACCUCUAUCGAGUCCUCUUCAUCUACUCUCGUACUACCGUUGUGCCGGAGUGGAUCGACGGACGCGAGAAACGAACAUCACAUAACGGGACACAUGCUUUUCUUGACGUAUUCGAGAUGGCGGACCGGCUACUCGCUACGCCAGUGUUCUUCUUCGACGGGCUCUACCUCCACAAGAAGCCCUCCAAGGAAAACAACCCACAAGGCAGCCUUGAGGAGAACUCGUACUUUUCAGAGACGCAUCAGAGUUUGCGUAGGAUCUACACCAACUUCACCCUCCUCCUCGCCAACCCUCUCCAACGCCCCGAGCAGGACAAGUUCAAGACCACCCUCGCCUCCAGCAAGCCGGUGAAGGACUGA